AUUUGAUGUCAAACGCCGAUCGGUCUAAGCCACGCCCACUGUGAUGUUCACAUGACACAGAGGAUGCGCACGAACAUUAUCUUCCGGAUAGAAAACACGCAAGGAAAAUGUCAGAGAAGGACACGGAAACCUUUGACGUGAUGGAGCUGGCAGAGCAUGUCAAGAAACAACGCUGGUGGAACAAGAUGUUCGGUAAAAAUAACUCUGGAGCCGCUGCGGAGAAGUACUCCGUUGCAACACAGCUGGCCAUUGGAGGAGUGAGCGGCUGGUGUGCAGGGUACUUGUUUCAGAAAGUUGGGAAGCUUGCAGCAUCAGCUGUAGGAGGAGGCUUCUUUUUGCUCCAGAUUGCUCAUCACACGGGCUACAUUAAAGUAGACUGGAAACGAGUCGAGCAAGACGUGAACAAGGCAAAGAAGCAGCUGAAACUGAAUUCAGAGCCUCCUAAAGAAGUGAGGACCAAAAUUAAUGAGGUGCAAGUAUUUGUCAAGAAAAACAUUGUUCUCACAGGAGGCUUUGCUGGUGGAUUUCUGCUUGGUCUGGCUUCAUAGGAUCUCUCAUUGUAACGUCUUAUACUCCGAGGAUGUCAUCUAACAUCAGAUUACAGCUUCUGUGUGAUAUUGCAGCUUGUAUUUAACUCAUCACUCCUUUAUCAGAUCAAGAUUUGAUUCUUAAGAUGUCUAUAUCUAUAUAUAGGAAACGUAUAUCAAUGCUAGAAUGUAUGGUUUCAGUUUUUGGAUUGUGCAUUGUUUUUAGUUUGUACUUUAAGCCCUGGUUAAUUUUUUUGUUUAUUUGAAAAUUUUGCUAAUAUUAAUUUUGCACGAACCAAGACUUGAAAAGUUAGCCUAUUUAAACAUGUAAAUAGUUGAAACAUUUGAAAAUGUCCCUUUAAAACCCCUAUCUAACCUUGUGGCUUUAUGUCAUGCUGACUAAGCUAAAUGCUUUUAAACCCUGAUGUUCAAACUUAAGCUAUUUCUGUACUAAAUCUGGACAUUACUCCAAAGACCAAGGGGUCGAUAAAAGUUGUAAUUUUAUUCAAUAAUGACAGAAAAGUUCCCAGUAAAUAGACAAUCAGGUUUUAAAC